AAUGCGGAACAUAAACGGAACCUUCGCGGUUAAACUGAAGUUGUUAUAUCUAUUUAACGCUUGUUAUGGACUUAAAUAAUUCGUCCUGUUGGGAUUCGAUUCGGGAGAAGGUGAAACAACAUAUACCAACCAUCGACUUCGAUUCUUCGCCAUCCGAAAAUGAAGAAGUCGUCACUGUAUUUCAGAGACCAGCUGGUCUUUCCCUGAAAGUCCCGAAAGGCUUUGACCCAUUUUCAAUGGGUGAUGAUGAAUCAGAGAAGCUGAUGAAACCUUGCUGGUCAGAAAACAGAGUGAAGUUGGAUGAUGAUCAUGAUGAUGAUGAUGAUGAUGAUGAUGAAGAAGAUGAUGAUGAUACAGCACAAGGAGCUGCUGCCCCUCAGUGGAGAACAGAACACUCUGAUGUUGAUGUCCAGGGAGACGCUUGUAAGAGAGACGUUCUACAGGUGAACGGAGCCAAGCUGAAUGAUUCCGUAAAACCAAAAGUGGACAAAACUAAAUCUAAUGAGGGUUUUCCCAUUCUCUCAUUUGCGAGGCUUGAUCAGUGGGACUUGGAUGAAGUCCUCCAAAAUCUAAAAAAGGAUGGGUUGCCUCUGCGACAACGUGUGUCAGCUGAACCUUCACAAGCACUUGCAGGUGGUGAAAAGAACAAGUCCCAGCAGAAUAUAAUGGAGAGACUAGUUGCUUUCUGUGGCAGCCAAUCAACUGAGUCCAUGUCUGAGCCUUUAAAAGGCCUAAACCACAUUAGCAGACAGAAUAAUGUGAACAACACAUCAGUGGAGAGGAUUGAAGCCGAGCUGCAGCUGAUCCAAAAGGAAUGUCCAACGGUUUAUAUUGACCUGCGUUGCGUCGAUACUUCAACAAAACAACAGAGAACAUCCCCAAAUGUUUCAUCAGAGCCCAAGUCACCAGCCAAACUCAACACCCACCAGACAACAACAUCUACAUGUAUAAACAAACCCAAUCUUAAUGUGCACGCUGGGUCACAGACAGGAAAUAGGGAAGUCACUGGCAAGAGUCUGCUGCUCCAGAAAAUCAGGGAGAUGAGGAGAAAUGAGAAUGCAUUUUCGGUGCCAGGGAAUGGAGCAGACGAUAUGAAAGAGAACAUACCCCAUGCCAAAAAGUCAUCACAUGUACAGUUUGACAGAAACCUUCAAAUGGAAAGCCCCAAAACAACUCAGCAAAGAGCAAUCAAAGAAACAAAUCAUCCGCGGGACCAAACGAGACAGCAAGUUAGGAAACCAUUACAACAUGAACAACGGAAGAUUCUUAAGCAGCUGGAGAAACAUCGCCCAACCAAAUCUGUCAAUCAGAAGCAGCCAGCUGCUGAAAGGACGGACGUUCUCUAUGAUUUCGAGGUAUCUCAUCUACAAGCAAUCUGUACACUAUCAGCAGAUAUUGAAAGUAAGGGGUGUAUGCUGCUGAUUGUCGACCUAUCAACUCCUGGUACAGUCGGAGCAAGGGCUCAUGGGAGGAACAAACGUCGAAAUCCAGCUCCGUCCAAACCAGACGUCUACAACACUUUAGUGGCUUGGUUUCUGUCUUUGGCUGUUCCACAACAUGAUGAAGAGGAGGGUAGUGCAGAGGUCCCAUUCUGGGUUGCAGGCCUUCAGCAGCUGUGGACAGAGGAUGGACUGGCUCUGCACGUUUUAGCCGUGGCUCGGCAAACGUACACGCCAAGGAAAAGGGACAGAGACAUCCACACGCGGUUCUAUAACCAUGUGUGCCGGUUCCUCUCUGAGACUUUGCUCACUCAGAUCGCCCACUGGCUUCCUCAGCUGAAGAACGUGCUGGACCAACAAACCUACGCCUCACCCAUCGAUCUGCCCUCCUCCUGUUUGAACUGUUUCAUCUCCACCACCACAGACAGAGCGGUUAUAGUUCGGACAUUUAGCCUCAGCCCAGGGUUUUACUGGCAGACUCUGGAGACUCAGGAGCGUGUGUGUAAGGGGAGGGAGAGCGCACAGGAGCUGCACACUGAGGUUUCAGUCGCUCUGGGGCGCGGAGCUUUCUUCCUAGAUCCCCUCAUGACACACUACACCCUCCAGCUUAUCCUCCACUCAGGGCUGGAUGUGUGUGGUCUGAGGCUCCUCUAUCCAUCACAGGAGCUCCUGGGUGGUAGAGAGGAUGCUGCAGCAGGUAUCCAGAGAACAGAUGAGUUCUGCCAGCCUGUUCUGGCCCUUGCUGUCCGUGGCCUUCAUGCCCACAAAGUGUUGGCAGAUGUAACUAGUUCCUUAGAUCCUCUGUUGCUCAGAAACACAGGUCUAGACCCUCGACACUGCCGAGGUCCAGAGUCUGCCCUCUUCUACCCCCCUCCAAAGGCUAGUGGAGUCCACAGGGAGCUGUGCUUUUGGUUUUCAGGAAGAAUUCCAGGAGGAAGUGCUCCGAAUCACAACCGGCCUCUAACUAGAGUGGAUCCAUCAAAAGACAGAACCGAAGACACCCUGUUCAAUUCAAGCAGUUCACCGUCCUUACUGUGUGCGACAACAAAAGCUGACCUUCUCCUGGUGGUCUCUCCAGCCGUGCCUCCAUGUUGCUUCGCCCAGCUGCUGGCUGUGUGUGAGCUCAGAGGCUUCAGACUGUUGGGGGUGCAGAGGCUGCAGCUGCAGAGCAGUGGAGCGGCAGCCCUGGGUCUCUCCAGCCUGCAGGCACCUGUGUUCUGCAGUCCUCAUCCUCUGACCCUGGAUCAGGAUCAACUGGAGUCGCCCUCUCACUGUCUGGUGUUGUUACUGAGGAAAGAAAAUGCAGCGCACCACAGUGUCAGUCUGCCAGCAGCCCUAAUGAGAGAACUUAAGGCACAAAGGCUUCUGGGUAGCAUCCACUCUGGACCUGACGGUGUUGACACAGUAGAACCAAGCUCCUGGUUCCACACUGUGCCUUACAGCAGUCACCAGCACCACAUCUUUGUCAGGUGUAUGUGGGCGGUGCCAGACCCUUCCACUGUGAUCCUGUCCCAUCAGAGGAGCCCACCCGACCCUGAGGUGGACCAGGUGGUGGUUUUGACCUUGAGUGGGAAGGACAUGACCCGGGGUCUGAGCCUCCUACACAGAGCGCUGACAGGAGGGCCAGACGGUGAAAAAGGAUUGGAUCUGCUUGCUCUGAAGUGGCUGCCUGCGCUGACCCGGCUGCAGGCUCAGGAGCUGAGUCCGUACGAGGUGGGAGAGAAGCUCUAUAACGACAGCCUGGACUCUCUGAUGGCCCCCCCCGCCCUCCUGUGUGCUCUCAGAUGGGUGGAUGCUUUUGCUUCACUGAGAAACCUUCUACCAAACGAUUACCCCGGUAACCUGAGCAUCCUGAUGUCCCCCACACAGGAAGUGGCGUUCAGACAAACCUCCCUCUUCUUCUUCCAGAAUGAGAUGAUUGCUGGUAGGUCAGAAACGGGUUUAUUACCAGAGCCUCAGACGCUGCUCACUGUGUGCCUGCUCAAGCCAACAGUCUGGAAUCAAAGUGUGGCUCAAACCGUGCACACCCUCCAGCUGAGGGGCCUCUCUCUGGUGGGCCUGCGCGUCCUGACUCUGGACAAACACACGGCCUCCUCACUGCUGCCUGCAGAAGAUGACCCUGAUGUGGAGUACAUGUGCUCUGGCCCCUCAUUGGCUCUCUGCCUGCAGGGGGAGGGGGCCGUGACGAAGCUGCUGGAUGUGGCUCAUUCAAACACUGGCAUCUAUGGAUCGGCAUCACAUCAGAAAGCGAUUCAGGAUGUGAGGAGGCUCUUUCCAGAGGGGCUGUGCUGUUCUGAGAGCAGCACAAUGAGACAGGAGCAGAUACUCAGCCUGCGCUCAGACCCUUCAGCCUCUUUGGAGCGGGGGCAGAGCUGCACUCGGGCCUCUGUGGACCAGGAGGGGGGGGCACCUUCCAUGGCAGCGGGACAUAAUGGAGGUCUACACAGCUCUGCCUGGCAGACGACCUGUCUGCUGAUACCGGUAAACGCCCCCCCUCUCAGCGGGGCUCCCCCCCACCUGGAGCUGCUGGAGCGGCUGCUGGGGGGGGGGUGCCAUCUGGUGGUUGGGAGGAUGAGCCUGCUGGACCCUGAGCAGAGGAGACACAUCGCUGAGACCCUGAUGUCCUCCAGAGGAGAGGAAGUGUGGUCCCAUCUUCCCGCGGUACCCUGUCUCAUCGUGGCUCUGCAAGGGAAAGCUGUUGUGACCGGCUUUAACUCAAUCCUUGAAAGUAUUUACAAGGAGAGGACAGACCUGGAACAAGUGGGGGAAAUGAUGAUCUACCCAGAGACUCAGAAAGAGGCCGAGCAGCUGAUGGGCUUUCUAUUUGAUGACUUGUCAACAGAGAAGUGCCAAACAAAUGUACCAUAAAAUGUAAAAGUAUGCCAAUGUAUUUGUCAGCCUUUUUAUAUUAUGUUACGAAAUAUGUAAUUUAAAAUUCAAAUUAUUCAGAAAAUAUCCACAUGUUUCCAAGUUGCUGUUCUGAAUAAAGUGU